AAGCAAACUCAGAAGCAGGCCGGUAGCCAUGGCUCAGCAACAGUUACAAGUGCUUAAAGCACUUGAUGCUGCGAAGACACAACUGUACCACUUCACAGUAAUUGUCAUUGCAGGAAUGGGGUUUUUCACAGAUGCUUACGAUUUAUUCUGCAUUUCACUCUUAACCAAGUUGCUGGGUCGCUUAUACUACACCAACCCAGGAGCAUCGAAGCCAGGAACUUUGCCCCCAAAUGUUGCCGAGGCAGUCACUGGGGUUGCCCUGUGCGGGACACUCGCUGGGCAGCUCUUCUUUGGUUGGCUUGGUGACAAGAUGGGGCGUAAACGUAUUUAUGGUGUCACUCUCAUUCUCAUGGUCGUCUGCUCCAUUGCCUCUGGACUCUCCUUUGGUCACACCUCAAAGGGUGUCAUGGUGACACUCUGUUUCUUCCGUUUCUGGCUUGGCUUCGGCAUUGGUGGCGAUUACCCUUUGUCCGCAACCAUUAUGUCUGAGUAUGCAAACAAAAGAACCCGUGGUACCUUCAUCGCAGCCGUGUUCGCAAUGCAAGGUUUUGGGAUUUUAGCUGGUGGAAUCGUAGCCCUCAUCGUUUCAGCUGCAUUUAAGAUCAAGUUUCCUUCCCCUGCUUACCAAGACAAUCCAGAGGCCUCGACCGUCCCUGAGGCUGACUACGUGUGGCGUAUAGUGCUGAUGUUCGGAGGCUUGCCCGCUGCUCUUACUUACUACUGGCGUAUGAAGAUGCCUGAAACCGCUCGUUACACUGCCCUCGUUGCCAGAAAUGCGAAACAGGCAGCCAUAGAUAUGGCAAAGGUCUUGCAGGUCGAAGUGUUCGAAGAAAUGCAAGAGACAGUAGAGCGGCUCGCUAAAAAAUCCAAAAAUCCGUAUGGGUUGUUCUCUAAGGAGUUCGUUCGUCGCCACGGGCUUCACUUAGUGGGAACAACCACCACAUGGUUCCUAUUAGACAUUGCAUUUUACAGUCAGAAUCUGUUCCAGAAGGACAUCUUUACCGCAAUCGGGUGGAUCCCUGCAGCCAAAACGAUGAAUGCCAUUGAGGAAGUUUGGAGGAUUGCGAGGGCACAGACAUUAAUAGCACUGUGCAGCACUCUUCCAGGGUAUUGGUUUACAGUGGCAUUGAUAGAUUAUAUUGGUAGAUAUACAAUCCAAAUGUUGGGGUUCUUCUUCAUGACGGUGUUCAUGUUCGCUUUAGCUAUCCCUUUCCACCAUUGGACGUCAGAGGGUAACCAAAUUGGGUUCGUGGUGUUGUACUCGCUCACCUUCUUCUUCGCCAACUUCGGCCCCAACACAACCACUUUCGUGGUGCCUGCGGAAAUAUUCCCUGCGAGAAUGAGGUCGACAUGCCAUGGGAUAUCCGCGGCGGCGGGGAAAGCAGGGGCUCUGGUGGGAGCGUUUGGGUUUCUUUAUGCAGCACAGAGCCAGGACAAGACCAUGACGGACGCUGGGUACCCACCUGGUAUUGGAGUAAAGAAUUCGCUCAUCAUGCUUGGUGUUGUCAACUUCUUUGGAAUGUUCUUCACGCUGCUAGUGCCCGAUUACAACGGGAAGUGUCUGGAAGAAAUCUCCGGUGAAAACGAGAUUGAAGAUGAGAUGAUCGACGAUAGACCUCAAAGAGAUAUGUUCGAUAACAGGACCACUCCUGUUUAA